AUGGCCGAAACAUUGGAGCCGACGUUGCAGAACAUCUUGGAUCAGAAGUCGCUCAAGUGGAUCUUUUGCGGUGGAAAGGGUGGUGUCGGAAAGACAACAACGUCAUGCUCGCUUGCCAUCCAGCUCGCGCAGAACAGAGAGUCCGUCCUCCUGAUCUCAACGGAUCCCGCACACAACCUGUCCGACGCGUUUGGCCAGAAGUUCUCGAAGGAUGCGACGAAGGUGAACGGCUUUGACAACCUGUUCGCGAUGGAGAUCGACCCGACCAGCGCGAUCCAAGAGAUGGUCGAGCAGUCGGACGACAACGGUAUGAUGGGCACCAUGAUGCAGGACCUAGCAUUCGCCAUCCCGGGUGUGGACGAAGCCAUGUCCUUCGCCGAAAUCAUGAAACACGUCAAAUCGAUGGAAUACUCCGUGAUCGUGUUCGAUACUGCGCCCACGGGGCACACGCUCCGCUUCCUAUCCUUCCCGACCGUGCUCGAGAAGGCGCUCGGCAAGCUCUCGACGUUAAGCGGGCGGAUCGGGCCCAUGAUCAACCAAAUGUCGUCGCUCAUGGGCGGCGGGAUGGGCUCCACCGAAGACAUGUUCGCCAAGCUCGAGAGCAUGCGGAGCGUCAUCACCGAGGUCAACACCCAGUUCAAGGACCCGGAAAAAACGACCUUCGUCUGCGUCUGCAUCUCCGAGUUCCUCUCCCUCUACGAAACCGAGCGGCUCGUGCAAGAGCUGACCGCGUACGAGAUCGACACGCACAACAUCGUCGUCAACCAGCUCCUCUUCCCCAAACCCGGCUCCAACUGCGAGCACUGCCAGGUCCGGCACAAGAUGCAGCAAAAGUACCUGAACGAGGCGCACGAGCUCUACGACGAGUUCUUCCACAUCGUCCAGCUCCCGCUCCUCACCGAGGAGGUCCGCGGACCGGCCAAGCUCAAGGAGUUCAGCCGGAUGCUCGUCGAGCCGUACAACCCGGGCGCAUGA